AUGGGCUAUGCCAAUGUCGAGUUUGUGCGCGCUGACGAGGCGGAGGCCGCGGCCCUGGCCCUGGACGGCAAGGACGUCCCCUCCCUGGGCACCCUGGCCGUGGCGCUGGUCAACCCCGCCAAGAGCCCAGACCGCGCGGCCUGCACGCUGAGGAUGCCCAAGGAGCGGCCGCGGCGGCCCGUGGAGGAGCGAGGCCCGCCCCACGGCUCCCGCGCGGGCGGCUACGGCGGCCGCGGCGGCGGCGGCUACCAGCAGCGCGACGGGGGCCCGCCCGGCCGCUACGACGGCUGGGGCCGCGGCGGCCGCGGCGGCGGCCGCGGGUACGACGACUAUGGCGGCGGCUACGGCGGCGGCGGCGGCGGCGGCGGCGGCGGGUACGGUGGCGGCGGCGGGUACGGCGGCGGCGGUUACGGCGGCGGCGGUUAUGGCGACGGGAUGAUGGGGCGCGGCGGCGGCUACGGCGACCCUAUGCAGCAGCAGCAGCAGCAGCAGUGGGCCGCGAUGCAGCAGCAGUGGGGCUACGGCGGCAUGCAGCAGCAGCAGGCUGGCUACGGCGCUGACGCGAGUGCGUACUAUGGCGCCGCGGGCUACGGCGGCGGCGCUGCCGGCGGCGCGGCGGCCGGGUAUGGCGCGCAGCAGGGGUACAGCGCGGCCGGGGGCUAUGGCGCCCAGCAGGGCUACGAUGCGUCGGGGGCCGCCGCAGCGGGCGGCGCUGCCGCGGCGCAGCAGCAGGGCUAUGGGGCGUACGGCGCCGCGGGCGGCUAUGGAACGUCGGCGGGCGGCUAUGGGGCCGCGGCGACGCAGCAGCAGGCUUACGGAAGCGCGGCCGCGGCGCAAGGGCAGCAGCAGCAGGCCGGGUAUGGAAGCUACGGCGCCCAGCAGCAGGGGUACGGCGCGGCGGCCGCGCAAGCGGGGCAGUACGGCGCCGCCGCGGCGCAGGGCGCGGCCGCGAGCGGCGGCGCGGCCGCGGGCGGGUAUGGCGCGCAGUACGGGUCCGCUGCGACGGCGCAGCCUGCAACGUACGGCACGCAGCAGCAGACCUCAGCGGCCGGUUACGGUCAGCAGGCGGCGGCUUCCUACGGCCAGCAGGCGACCACCGCUUCGUACUCCCAGCAGGGCUACGGCCAGCCGGCCGCAGCCGCAGCCUACGGCCAGCCGGCCGCCGCCGCCGCCGCGCCUGCGUACGGCCAGCAGGCGACGGCCGCCGCGGGCUACGGGCAGCAGGCUGCCGCCGGCUAUGGGCAGGCGUACGGCCAGCAGCAGGGCGCCUAUUCGACUGCCGGGUACGCAGCUGCCGCGCAGCCGGCAGCGGCAACGCAGGCGACCUAUGGGUAUGCACAGCCGGCGGCCCCGGCCGCGGCGCCCGGCGGCGCCGCGGCGCCCAAGUUCGUGCCGAGCUACUCGGCGGCAUCGACCGUGGGGCAGAAGCGCGACGGCGACGCAGCGGGGUAUGGGGCAGCUGCCUACGGCGGCGGCACCGCCUACGGCGGCCAAGACAAGCGCCCCCGCUACUGA